GCCGAAGAGUUAAGAUGCGAAACAGUGCUCGGAACUAGUCGCUACAGACGAAAGGAUUGUGUGUGGUUCGCGUCGGUAGGGUGUACAACAAUAACAACAGCAAUAACCGGGAUAUUCAUCAUUUCGUAGCACAUUCCGGAGGAAGCUGCACCUUUCCAAUAACGUUUUGCAAGUGCCAAAACGAACGAUGGCCGUAUUUUAGGUCCACAGUGCAGUGAGUUUGCCAAUAGUUCCGGUCGAAAAGAAUUCCUGCUGCUAUCGCUUGGGAGAGAUUGUUCAAAAACUAUCGUGCUUAAAUGAUGAGCCCAGCAAGGGGUGAAACUUGUGUGGUAACCGGCCACCAGCCAGCCGAGAAGAUCGAAAUGGCCGCACGGAGCAAGGCGAACGCGGCAGGAUCAUCGUCAGCGUUUAGCUGCUGUCCAGCGAACGGCGAGAGCUCUUCGAUCGACGAUUCAAUCGAGCUGAACGACAGUCAGGAAGGCGCCAACAACAAUACGAUGUACCACAACGGGUUGCUCGAGGCGCAGGACUAUCGCUUCCCCAAGCGGCAGCCCGUCGACAUCGUGUUUCGCGACAUCCGCUACAACGUGAAGCGCUUCAACAUAUCGAAGGCAAAGUUUGAGUCGAAGGAGAUUCUUCACGGGCUGAAUGGGUCGUUCAAGUCGGGAGAACUGACUGCUAUCAUGGGUCCUUCCGGGGCGGGCAAAAGCACGCUGCUCAACAUCAUGGCCGGUUAUGUGUCGUCCGGUGUCAGCGGCAUGGUGCAGGUGAACGGCAAAAGCCGUUCGCACAAUUCGGAAAGCUUCCGCAAGCUUUCCUGUUAUAUUCAACAACACGAUGCCCUUCGGCCCUGGCUGACGGUGAACGAGGCGAUGACCUGCGCGACCCACCUGAAGCUCGGCUUCGGGAUCGACCUUGCCGAGAAGCGCAAGCUGAUCGAGAAGAUCCUGUUCAUGCUCGGGCUGGAGCAAAAGGGCUCCACGCCGACGGCCGGCCUUUCCGGGGGUCAGAAGAAGCGGUUGGCGAUCGCACUGGAAAUGAUCAGCAACCCACCGAUCCUGUUCCUGGACGAGCCGACAACUGGGCUGGACAGUUCUUCCUGCGCCCAGUGCGUCUCGCUGCUGAAGCGGUUGGCCGAGGAUGGGCGGACGAUCGUCUGCACCAUCCACACGCCGAGCGCGCUCCUGUUCGAGAUGUUCGACCAGCUGUACACGGUUGUGCAGGGCCACUGCUUCUACCAGGGCCCCACCAAGGAAAUGCUUCCGUUUCUGGGCGAUCUCGGCUACCACUGCCCGAGCUACCACAAUCCCGCCGACUUUAUUAUGGAGAUAGCGGUCGGCGAGUACGGGGCCGACGUCGGGAAGGUGAUCAAGGCGGCGCUCAAGAAGUAUUACGAAAUCAGCAGCCGCUGUAUCGAGCUGGAUUCCGAGUUCGACGAUAACGAAAAACCAUCCUUGCAGAGCUUUGGCAUCGGUACGAAGGCGGACGAAAUGUUGAAGCUGCAAAAGGAGGCGGAAGCCACGGACACAUCGUCGUACGAGGAAAAUGGCUCGCUGACGAACACGAAACCUGCUUCCCUGAUCAUGCAGUUUCUGCUAUUGGUUUACCGAAAUUUGCUGAUAACACGGCGAAACUAUUUUCUGCUGUUCUGUAGAAUCUUGGCGCACGCGACAAUCGCCACCAUCUUCGGUUAUCUGUACAUCGGCGUGGGACCAAACGCCAACCAAGUGCUGGCGAACUACGUGUAUCUCUACGGGUCGAUGCUGGUGAUGGUUUACACGGGGAAAAUGGCCGUCGUGCUUUCGUUUCAAAUCGAGAUGGAGUCACUGACGCGGGAGUACUUCAACCGCUGGUACAAGCUGGGUCCGUAUUUCCUGUCCGUAUUGGUCCUCGAGAUACCGGUGCAGCUCGCGGUGUUUAUCGGUCCAAUUUUGGCGGUACUGUUCUCCGUGUUCGGUUUCUGCACGCGAUACGUUGAUAUAACUCCAGUUUUCAAAUGGAUGUGGCACAUCAGCUACUAUCGAGCCAGUUUCCACGGCAUCCUGAACUCCGUUUACGGCAUGAACCGCGAAGAUCUGAACUGUCCGGAAACGCAAAUCUAUUGCCACUUCAAGAACCCGGUGCUGUUCCAGAAGGACAUGGACAUCGAGCACGUCGACAUGGAGUCAAAUUUUGUGCUCAUCGUGCUUAUCAUUAUCACGAUGUACAUCAGCACGCUUUUCGUGCUCUGGUAUAAGCUUAACAAACGAAUACUGUUAAGAUAUUGCGACUGCGACGCGGACACCAUGAGCGGAUCGGAGGAGUCGUUUGAAAUGAACAGCACGCCGCCGGAUCUGCGGGCCGCCGGAUCUUCGGCGGAGAAGCUGACGAUCGACGAAGGAAUCGCGCACAGUGCGCUGGACAGCCAGCGGCUCGCGAAAGUGAAACUAAAACACCUCCACAUCCCAGAACCGCUGCCCUUGGUGGCCACCAACGGUGAAGGAUCUACGGCCAGUUCGCUAGUGGCGGCGCGAAUUUUCAAACCGGUCACACUCGGUUUCAAAAACCUGUCGUUCUCGGUCCGCAAUGGAAUAUUUAAGAAAGGUCGAGACAUACUCAAAGAUAUCAGCGGAGAGUUCCGGGCCGGCGAACUCACAGCCAUCAUGGGGCCUUCUGGCGCGGGCAAAAGCACACUGCUGGAUAUUUUGGCGGGUUUCACGGAAGAUGGAUUCACAGGCGAGAUACUCGUCAACAAGCAGGCCCGAGAUCUGAAGCGCUUCCGUCGGAUGUCCGCGUACAUCAUGCAGGAUCACGAUCUGCAGCCACAUCUGACCGUCCUGGAGGCGAUGCACUUCUCCGCCAAUCUCAAGAUCGGAGCCGAACUCAGUCCGGUGAGCAAGAAAAUUCGGAUGAAUGAAAUACUCCGCGCCAUAGGGCUGUACGAGUCGAAGAAGACCCGCACGGGAAAGCUUUCCGGGGGCCAGAAAAAGCGACUCGCGAUCGCACUCGAGAUCGUCAACAAUCCACCGGUGAUGUUCUUUGACGAGCCCACGAGCGGCCUCGACUCUUCCACUUCGACACAGUGCGUGGCACUGCUCAAACAGUUGGCUCGAGAGGGUCGUACGAUCAUCUGCACCAUCCAUCAACCGUCGGCCCUGGUGUUUAACAUGUUCGACCAUCUGUACGCAGUGGCGGAAGGCGAAUGCAUUUACACCGGUGGCACCGGCAACAUCGUUUCCUUCCUGAAGGAGCUGGACAUUGUUUGCCCGGAACAUUACAAUCCGUCUGAUUACCUGCUGGAAAUUGCCACCAACGAUUAUGGACGCCUGAACGAUAAUCUAGUCGAGAAGAUGAUGAACGGCCAGAGCAACUUCUAUCGCAACCCGGAGCAGCCUUUCUCAGCGUCGUUGUUGCCGAUCAAGGAGUCGCCCGGUACUGCCCGGGACGGGCCGAUGGUGCUGCUGGAGGUGCCAAUGUUUCCCGAGCGGGACACGGCCCCUCAGCCAGUUUCGCCCGUGCUAGACAAGCCAAAGAAAAUCGCCAAGAAGCUAUCGCUCAACCCGGAGAAAUGGUGUGGCCGAGACGAGGUGUACACGACCAGUUUCUGUCGGCAGUUUUCGUUGCUACUGUUCCGCACGUUUCUGAUACUGAGCCGCGAUCGGUCGCUGAUGACGAUGCGCUUCCUGAUACACUGCCUCAUCGCUCCACUGAUCGGUAUGCUGUACUUUGGGAUCGGCAAUCAGGCGUCGCAUAUCUUCAACAACUACAACUACGUGUUCUUCUCCAUCAUGUUUCUUAUGUUUACCGCAUUUAGCUCAAUGACCAUGGCGUUUCCACUCGAGCUUCCGAUCAUCACGAGGGAACACUUCAAUCGGUGGUACUCGUUGAGAGCGUACUACAUCGCCAUGACAGUGGCGGACAUUCCGAUACAGCUGCUCUGUACCCUAACCUACAUAGUCAUAACUUAUUUUAUGACCGGUCAACCGCCGGAAGCCUUCCGGAUCGGAUUGUUCACGUUGAUCUGUCUGAUGGUGGCGUGGGUUGCCCAAGGGCUCGGUCUGCUCGUCGCCUCACUGUUCGACGUGAAGAACGGUGCGAUCUUUGGGCCGUUCUUCAUCUGCCCGUUCCUGAUAUUCUCCGGCUUCUUCAUCCACCUGACCGACGCCCAUCCGGUGAUGCAAUGGCUGUUCCACAUCUCGUUUCUCAAGUAUGCGCUUGAGGGCGCCUCGCUGGCAAUCUUCGGUUACGAUCGGCCCCGGAUGGAUUGCGACGAAACGUACUGUCACUUCGUGUUGCCAAAGAAGUUCCUCAAGGAAGUCGACAUGUUGCAGGCGGACUUUGUGCAGGCUGUGAUAGCGCUGAGUGUGAUCUUUUUCGUCUUCCGCGUAGCGGCAUUCUACGUGAUGCGUUACCGUAUGAAGAACAAAAUUUAGCCACCGUCCGCAGUAGCGAGGGUUAGCUAGCCGCACAUUCCAGCGCGUUCCCCGUACGGCGCACGGAUUGUCGAAGGGUUGAAAUUACAAAUUUUGCGUAGAAUGUGUAGUACCGUUGGUUUGUGACCAACCAGGUGGCACUGGCGUACCCCAGGGCCAGGUUAUAGCAUUUAAGAAGCGUCCCCUUUUCCGAUUUAGGCUUUCGAAAGUUAAGAACGUUUCGGCAUUUCAACGCCGCUACCAAAAACCCCAUCUCAAGGGUCGGAAGCAGGGUCGCACUCUGCAGCAUACGGUUUUAUAAGCGACCUAUCCGUUAUCUGCUUUGUGAUAUACUUUUGUAAAUAUGGAAAGCGAGAAAAAUAAAGUUCUGUUUUGUG